GUUCGCUCUGCACAACAAAGGGCAAACUGCCUGCGUGUCAACACAGAAUUCACGGUGAAACUUUUCCACGGGCAUUCUCUGGUUUGUUUGUUUUGCAGAAAAGCUGAAAAGACUUACGCAGCCCACCCAGGGACGCCAAGUUGUCGUGGAAAUUAGACAACACUCGCAGACUCGUCCUCUGAAGCUCUAGGACCUGUGCUGCCUGAGUUAAGGGAGCAGAGGUCACUCCCCCUGUCUCCCCUGGUCCCCUGUCCCCCUGGACGGAUUAGACAUGACCACAGGGGAGUGUUGCCACCUGCCAGGCUCGCUGUGCGACUGCACCGGCAACGCUGCCCUGUCCAAAACCGUGGAGGAGUCGGACAACCGCAGGGCACAGUACGUCACGCAGGUCACAGCUAAAGACGGACGCCUUCUCUCCACCGUCAUCAAAGCCCUGGGCACACAGAGUGAUGGUCCGAUUUGCCGGAUCUGCCAUGAAGGGGGCAACAGUGAAGGGCUCCUUUCGCCAUGUGACUGCACAGGCACUCUGGGCACGGUGCAUAAGAGCUGCCUGGAGAAGUGGUUGUCCUCCUCCAACACCAGCUACUGCGAGCUAUGUCACACAGAGUUCACCAUCGAGCGCAGGCCGAGGCCCCUCACAGAGUGGCUUAGGGACCCCGGGCCGAGAAAUGAGAAGCGCACGCUAUUCUGCGACAUGGUGUGCUUCCUGUUCAUUACGCCUCUGGCAGCCAUAUCGGGCUGGCUGUGCCUGCGAGGGGCUCAAGACCACCUGCACUUCAACAGUCGCCUGGAGGCAGUGGGCCUCAUCGCUCUUACCAUCGCUCUCUUCACCAUCUACGUCCUCUGGACUCUGGUGUCAUUCCGCUACCACUGUCAGUUGUACUCCGAGUGGAGACGAACCAAUCAGAAAGUGCGCCUGCUCAUUCCUGAUGCCAAGGGUGCCCAAUCUACCCAGCAUUCCUUGCUCUCCACAAAGCUGCUGAAAAAGACGUCAGACGAGACCAUUGUAUGAGAGCUGCGGUGUUUUUGGGAGGGUGGGGGACACGACACAGUGUUGGUAUUAAACGUGCUAAAGGUUCUUGAUGUGUCAUGUCAUCAAUUAGAGCCGCAGCACUUUUGAAUGCAUUCUUUUUCUAUUUAAUCCUUUUUAUCGAAGUAUAUGAGCACUUCUUUUAUUUUCUUUCCUCAACUAUAUCUCUUUUUUUUGUUGUGUGUAUUUUUUUUUUUUUUUUUUUUUUUUAAGUUUCUGUGUGUUGUUUGUGGUUUAGAAAUGAUUUAAUUUAUUUGUCUACACAGCAAUCAUUGGAGGCCCCAUACCACACAGCGUACUGUAUGUUUAAAACAUUAGGGACUCUAUGAGCAGAGGUAGUUGGGUUAGGGGACACAUCCAGGAAAGCAGCUGUUGAAGCUUCAAAUGAAACACAUAUCUAGAUUUUUUUUUAAUUUUUUUUUUUAUAAAGUUUCUUUCAAAAUUAUUUACGUCUUGAUUGGACAGAAAAUUGGCCAUUGCCAAUUUUUGAGUACUUUAGCCCAUGUGACAGUUGGUAUAUAUUAUAGAAGCUCAAACUUUUGCAGCUUCCUGUAUGUUAGCCCAUGUGGUGAUUUUAAAGUGUUAUAGGAUGACAGGGCCUUCUCGUGAGGCCUGCUAACAGAAUAGGCUAUAACUGAGUGAGCUGCAAGCACCCGAUCUCUUAUACAUGGUCCUAUAGAGGGGAGAACACUGAAAUAGGAGUGUACAAUAAAUUCCUUCUUUUUAUUUUUAAGGCACAUUGUAUGCCCUCUACUGUGCUCAGUUUUUCCUGCAUGCAUUAAAAAAAAAAAAACAAAAAAAAAACUCCCCCUCAUGAUAUUAGUGACUGUUAAAGUUGCUAUUUCAGAUUUCGUCUGUGGGUCAGCAUAGGCUACAUUCAGCACCUGUUAAAAGCGAGCGUCAUGCAGAAAGCGGCAUACGGUGGUCCUACAGUAGUAGCACUAAAAUGACACAAGUAGCCUAGAUGUGUGCUGAUCACACAAUGUAGUUGUGUGUAUGCCUCCAGGAUUCAUGGGAAGCAUUAUGUUUUUCUUGAGGUCAUUAUUGUGACAGACGUUACUUAAUUUUAAAUGUUACAGCUACACAUGGCUGUGUGAAAGGGCAGAACGUGUUUGUGAGUAUGUGUGUGUACACUAUUUUUUUGUAUCUGUAUUUUUGUUUUUGUAGCAGUUUUACAUUGUUGAAUAUGCAGUUAUUUGGGGAACUUUGUCUGACAACAGGGGAACAACUGUGUAAUUAUCUAUUUACACCACUUGAGUACAGCCAAGAUUAUCGCCCUGCAUGUUAUAUGUUACAAGAAUGGUGUGCAAAAUGUCAUCACCUUAAAGGGAAACCUGUGUCGUGAUGCUAGGCCCUCCUCCUAAUGGCUUUAUGGACCCCUUGACCAAAGUAUGGCCUUUAUGCAGUUCUCGAGGGACCAUCUGCUUCUGUUACCUGGCUCUGUUCACAUUGGAAACAUUACAAACAUCUCUGUAAUGUCCAAGGAAAUACAAUAUCAUCUGGACAGGCUUUGUACAUUUGUAGAUAUACUUCAUGUCUGUGGAAAGCACUCAAAGCAACAGUUACUGUCAGUUCAGGUGUGUGUGUGUGUGUCUGUGUGAGUGAAUGUGUCCGUGGUUGGCAGUCGGACUGUGUGCGUGAUUCUGACCUUCCAUAGUGCCACAUUUGAAACAAAAAGGUGCUUGGAUCUGUAUAUAGAGUAAAAAAAAAAAAGAAGGUUAAAGAUAAAUCCCUCAGCGUGCUGUUCGCACAGGUCAUCUUGUCGUUCUUAAUGGGGUAAAAGUCACCAGAGAGAUUUCUUGCAAAUUAUUGUUACUUUUCGUGUCUCAACACACAACACUCUAAAUGAAUACUCUUUAGGACAAUGUUAAGUUUUGGAAAGCGUUGUGCAAUAGAUUAAUACUAAAAGCAUUCGGCAUUAAUUGUCUUUUUUUUAACGUGAUGUUUUUGAGAAGGAAACAAAUGUAAAAAUAUCUCUCUGCAACAUUAUUUAGCAUACCUGUUGUGUGUCACAGGACUGAGUGGCUUUGGGUCGAGUUAACUUUUUCUCAAGUAAUCAUGGAUGCCCAACCAAGAGAAGCCAUGAAAAUGGUCACAAAUCAGCAGCUAAGCGCAAAUUCACUACUUAACUGCUGCUCUUAGUAACACCUUCUCUCAUUGGUGUGCUUCCAUCUGGCAUGUCUGCCUUUUUUAUUUUCCUGAUCAUUUUCUCUUUAUUUUGCAAUGUGAGAUCAUUUGAAAAAAAAAAAAGCUUGAGUGCAAUGUCAGCAAAAUUACAAUGCACUUCUUGCCUAUAACCUUAUCAGUACAUGUAAGAUAAUUAUUCUGUAGACAUAUGAAGGAUUUCAGGACUACAUUCAGACAGGAAGAGGAGGACAGUGUUGGUGGUGUUUUAUUUUUUCCUUUAUAUAUCCAUGAGUUUCCUCCACUAUGCAACCUGCAGAAUUAAGCAGCCAAAAGGCUAUUGUGUUAUUCUGGUGUUAAUAUGGCUGACCCAAUUCAUUCCUUUCACUCAACAAAAAAAAUGCACGCUUAUUUGUUUUAUUCUUUUUAGUCAUGUUGCACUUUUACAAAUUUAUGAUUGGAAAUGGGUUAGCUUGGCCUUUUCCACUUGACACAUUUCAGAGAGGUUAAACUCCCUCACUGAUCGAGAACUGGUCCACUUUUUGUUCAACACAAAAAAAGUAAUCAGUCUCUUUCUUUUCUCUAAGAUAAACCUAAGCAAAUUUAAAACUUGUACACAAUUUGUUUUAUUUUACUUGUCAUCAUUGUGUUUUAAUGUAUUCAGACUGUAUGUAUCAUUUGCAUUGUAUGUCUUCUUUUAUUCCUUGAGCACCAUAUUUUUAUCACUCUACACCAUUUUUGGGAUACUAUUAUAUUUAUGUAGUGAAGUGGAUAAAGGCUGGUGUGUCUGUAUUGUCCUCACUAAAAUUUGUUGGUGCUUGCAAUCAGCCAAGAAAAGUGUGCAAAGCAAAUUAAACAUGAUGCUCUGGAUAUCGUGUUAUCUGGCAUGUUAUGAGUAUUUACACCCUCUCCUUCCAUCACAAUACCUUUUGACUUAGGUCUAAACUAAAAAAAAAAAAUCUAAACAUUUUUGAGUUGAGUGCAAAAGUUGUCAUAUUUUAUAGAGGUUCGUGAAUUGUAUAGUUAGAUUUUUGUUCUCGCCCUCACCCAGAAACCACAGGGGAUCUCCCAGAACAACUCUGAUAAGCCAAUAGGAAGUACAACUGUUCUGCCCUGAUAACUUUCUGUGCAUUUUUACCAUCCAAAGUAACAUGUGAAUGAGGCUAUUGUAUACUUUUACUGGAAAAUUUGCAUAAAUGUAAGUGUGCUCAACAUAAUGAUCAAUUCCUAUCUCUUAACCCUUGUGUUCUGUUCACCACUUAGCAUAUUUACUUUGAGCAGCUGAGUCAGGAAAUAAUGUUUUAAACAACCACUAUUGAAUACAUCGAUAAUGGAUAUAAAAAGUAUACACACCUUUGUUGAAAUGGCAGGUUUUUGUGUUUCUGUAAAGUUACAAUAACCUGGUUGCAUAAAUGUGCACACCCUUUUAUAAUUGGGGGUGUGGCUGUGUUCAGAAUGAGCCAAUCACAUUCAAGCUCAUGUUCAAAAGUAAUUAUAAUACAACUGUGAUCAAUGAAAUUAUUCUGUUUAAUUCCAAAUAAAGACCAGUUUUUUUCUGUA